AGUCAUACUUUUAACUAUUUAUCAUUUUCUAAAUCAUCAAUGAACAAUGAUCGUGAUCAGUCAGUGAUAGUGAAAAUAAAUCUUAAAAACUGUACCUAUGUAGGUCUCGGAAAAAAACUGUAAUAAAAUAAAAAGUGUAUAACUAAUUUAUUCAUCUUGUAAUGGUUUUUCUUUUUUCAAAUGGGUAGUGAAAUAAAUAUCGUUGAAACUAAAUCCAGAUAUUAAAUCACACAAGUAAUUGAAGAACACACAAUUCAAAACAUCUGAUAUGUUUCGGAUGCUAAUUUCAUCUUAUUACUUAUUGGCUACCACAUCUAUUACGCUAUUGUAUCGUGUUAUUUUCGGUAUAUUAAGUAUAUUAAGCAGAGCAUGGAUUGGAAAUAUUUUUUCAGUUUUGUGGAAUUGGAGUGGGGGAUGGUUUAGUUGGACCACACAAUCAGAUACUAUGUUACGGAACAUUGAAAAGACCAUAUUAUCAUGUGUGAAGACGGCAUACAAACGGUUCUACGUGGACAUCGGGUCGGUCGUGGGACAGAGCGACAAGAUCUGGACAAUAUCCCUGAACGACGAGGCCUCUCAGACCCCCCUGGUGAUGCUGCAUGGCAUGGGCGCCGGCGUCGCCCUCUGGUGCCCCAACCUGAACGCUCUGGCUGCCACGAGACCGGUCUACGCCAUCGACUUGUUAGGCUUCGGUCGCAGUUCUCGUCCCAAGUUUGCGUCUGAUGCCGAGAAGGUCGAGGCGCAGUGGGUGGAGUCAGUUGAGGAGUGGAGGCGGGAAGUGAACCUGAAUAACUUCAUAUUGCUGGGACACAGCCUGGGUGGCUACAUCGCUACUGCUUAUGCGCUCAAAUACCCUGAAAGAGUAAGGCACCUAAUUCUGGCGGAGCCCUGGGGCUUCCCCGAGAAGCCGGCGAACGUUUACGAGAAGUACCAAGUGCCGCUGUGGAUCCGCGCCAUCGCGACCGCUCUACAGCCCUUCAACCCGUUGUGGGCCGUGCGCGCUGCGGGCCCUGCCGGCAAGUGGCUGGUCUCCAAGACCCGCCCUGACAUCUCCCGGAAGUACAUGAGCUACGUGCCCGACGCGGAGACUGUCAUCCCCGAGUAUAUUUACCAGUGCAACUCUCAAACUCCCAGCGGCGAGAGUGCUUUUCACGCUCUGGUGCACGGGUGGGGAUGGGCUAAAAACCCGAUGCUGUAUCGCGUGGACAAGUUGGACCCCAACCUGCCGAUCACUGUGCUGUACGGGUCCAGGUCGUGGGUCGACAACGGGACGGGGCGCCUCAUCACUGAGAGCCGGCCGGGCUCCGUGACCCAUGAACACGUAAUCAACGGUGCUGGGCACCACAUAUAUCUGGACAAGUCGGAGCUGUUCAACAAGAUAGUAAUAGAGGCGUGCGCACGCGCCGACCAAGAUGGCGGAGUUGCCACGACGCUCCAAUUACAGAGUGACGCUACAGAUGUCAGGGAUAAAGUAAAUGAAGAUGCGGCUAAAGUUGACAAGAGUGGAGAUACUGUGACCAAUGAUAAGACCAACGAGGACACUGGUCCCAAGGCUAAGACCGGCGGGGACAACAUAAGCCAUAAUAAGCACAGUGAGGCGCCCGUUUCUUGAUAUAUACAAGCUCAAUAGUAAUUCUAUUCUGGAACGCAAUGGCAGUAUUAUGCUAGCUUCAUCAUGACUACACGGACAGUCGUGUAAAAAUAAUUCUUAUAUACCUUUAGUGUUAAAAUUAUUUUGUUUUUAUAACCUUCUAUGUUAUUGCGUAUCAUUUAUAUAUUUGUGAUAAAAUAAUGCCUUAAUAUUUAUUAAUGUUUACCGAUAUUUUUUCUUAACGUAUUAAUGACCGUUCCUAUCAAUUUUGUACCUCUGCACGAUAAGAUAGUGUAUAAAAAAAUUACAUUAUGCCAUAAUUAUAUGUAAUAAACACAAAUAUUGUGUUGGGUCCACUUCUUCGUUCUGUCGCUCAACACUUAUGAUGUCUCGACGUCAGUCGCUAAAGAUAUGUAAGGGUUAUUAAAAAAACAUAGUAUCAGAUUUUUUCACACAGCAUUAAAAUAAUAUUUAAAAUAAAAAAGUAUCUACUAAUUUGAUAAUAAAAUCACUAAGAAGGCAGAAAAAUAAUAUUGUGGCUUUCGUGUAUGUCACAUGCUUAAAUACGAGUACCGACGUGCAAUACAACGAACCGGUACAAUCGCGGUUAGGGGGGGGG